AUGAUGGCCGAGCAGCAGCAGCAGCAACCCUCGCAACAAAGCUCAACGGAGGAGCAGCAACAGCAGGAGCCACAGGUGCAAGGAGGCACAACAACAAAGGUGGCUAAUUUGUCCGAUAUGAAGAUCCUCAAACUGUAA